AUAUACUUACUUAUCAUAUGUGAAGCUGAUGAUGCGCGCUGAGGCCGGAGUCGGACUUGGACCAAAAAACGCUUAUGAUAACUCGUGUUCUAACCUUCUCUUGCGUUGAUAUUAAAUGUUUAUUAACGCGGUAUACAAUUUGUGCAGCGAAUAAGAUUUAAACUGGUCAUUGAAAUGAAUUACUAUUACUGUGUUCUCGUACUAUUACUGUGUGUUUUAAAAAUUAUCAACUCCGAGGAAACAUUCAAAAAGCCAAAUAUUUUGGUAGGAAUUUUGGCCAGAAAUAAAGCUCACACAUUGCCAUAUACGUUGAGUUACUUGGAAAAAUUGGACUACCCCAAAGAUAGAAUAGCUUUAUGGAUAUACAGCGACAACAAUGUAGAUAAUACUAUUGAAGUACUGAAAAAGUGGUUGACUGUGCAGAAAGAUAAUUAUUUUAUGGUAAAUGCAACAUUGGAUGAAGAGUCCCAUGGACAUGACGAUGAGAAAGGUAUUGCUGACUGGUCUUCCAAAAGAUUCGAACACAUAAUCAAAUUGAGAGAGGAAGUACUUAACUAUGCCAGAAGAAUAUGGGCGGAUUUUAUUUUUAUGCUAGAUGCUGAUGUUUUUUUGACCAAUCCCAAAACACUAGAUUCACUGAUAAGAAAAAAUGAAACAGUUGUUGCACCACUUUUAAAAUCUGAUGGAAUGUACAGUAAUUUUUGGGCAGGAAUGUCAGAUGAUUUUUACUAUAAAAGAACAGAUGAUUAUGAAUCAAUAUUAAACAAUAAAGUAAGUGGAUGUUUUCCAGUACCAAUGGUACAUAGUGCAGUAUUAAUUGAUCUUCGAAGAAAGAAUAGUGACUAUUUAACGUAUAACUUCAAGAAUAUAAAUAAUUACAAUGGACCAAUUGAUGAUAUUAUUACUUUUGCCCUGAGUGCAAAAUAUUCAGAUAUUUCAUUAAAUGUUUGCAAUGACCAGAAGUAUGGUUUCAUUAUGGUUCCAUUGCAAAGUGAUGAUAGCUUUGAUCAUGAUUAUCAACAACUUGUCAAUGUAAAGCUUGAAAUACUAGCUGCAGGUGAUCAAGAAUACAUCGAAUUAACUGAGUCUAUGAAACCUUUUGUCAAUUAUCCAGAAAAAGAUCGUAUGGAUUUUAGUAAUGUAUACAUGAUCAACCUACUCAGGAGACCUGAACGACGUCGUAGAAUGAUGUCCUGUUUAAAUGAACUUGGUAUACAAGUUGAGAUUAUAGAUGCUGUCGACGGCAGGGUUCUAAAUGAAAGUCUUUUGGAAUCUUGGAAUAUAAAAAUGAUGCCUGGUUACAAAGAUCCUUACCACAAAAGACCAAUGACAAUGGGAGAAGUAGGCUGCUUUUUAAGCCAUUACAUUGUAUGGAACAGGAUUGUGGAAGAUGGGGACAAGAUUUCUUUGAUUUUGGAAGAUGAUGUAAAAUUUGAGCCAUACUUUAGGCAAAAAAUUAAGCUCAUUUUAAAUGAACUUGAACGGUUUAAAAAAGAUUGGGAUCUAGUAUACCUUGGCAGGAAACAAAUGCAAAGAGACACAGAAAGUUGGGUGGAAGGAUCACGGUAUUUGGUUCACGCUGGGUACAGUUAUUGGACCGUUGGCUACAUGUUAUCAGCUAAAGGUGCUAAAAAGUUAAUAGAUGCUAAACCACUUGAGAGCUUAAUUCCAGUGGAUGAAUAUUUGCCCAUUAUGUAUGACAAACACCCCAGAGAAGACUGGAAGGAGUAUUUUAACGGUAGAGACUUGAUUGCUCUUUCAGCAGAGCCACUCGUAUUAUUUCCUACUCACUAUACUGGCGAUAGUGGAUACAUAAGUGAUACUGAAAAUUCGGUAUUACUGCCGGCGGAAGAAAUGCCAAGUAAAGAUGAGCUUUGAAUAAUCCGUUUGAUAAGCAGGAGGCGAUGUUGUACAGUACAAAUAAAGUAAAAUAGCGCCAUAUACAUAAAUAUAAAUAAUGCAUAAGCUCUCUAGAAUUCAUAAUGCCAAAGAUGUAAAAAUGCUGCCAUAAUUUAAUGUGACUGAAAUGAUUUCUGCUUGAAUUUUAUACGAGUAUUUUUGUAUAUUUACAAAUAAAAUAAAUCAUGUUACUACAAUAAAACAAAA